AUGGCCGAAAAUUUGAAUUUACGCUAUAUUCUGGAUACUAACAAGUUAACUGGACCAAACUUCAUGGAUUGGUAUAGGAAUGUAAAAAUAGUUUUACGUUCUGAAAAGAAAGCAUAUGUUCUGGAUUCUCUUGUUCCAGUUGCCCUUGCUGAGGGGCAAGAUGGGUAUGACCAGUAUGACUGGGAAGCUCAUAGACAGCAUUUGGCAGACAAUGAGCAGGCAGUAUGUAUAUUGCUUGUGUCUAUAUCUGCAGAGCUUCAGUGUCAGCACGAGCAUAUGGAUGCUCCCUCCAUAAUCUUGCAUCUGCAAGAGCUUUAUGAUAAGCAAGGGAGGGCUGAGCGUUUUGAAACCUCCAAGGAGCUGUUUGGCUGUAAGCUGGCUGAGGGUAUGGCGGUUAGACCGCACAUCCUCAAGAUGAUUGGGCUGAUAGAGAAGCUUGCUUCUCUGGGUUUAUCAUGA